UGGAUGAGUGCUCAAUUAAACAUUAACUAUUUAAUUAUUUAUUUUCUCACCUGGUUUAUUUUUGUUCACGUUUUCCUCAAAUUGAUCUUCUAAUCUGUACACCGAACCGAAGGGGAGAAAAAGGAAAAGGUCGAGGGUAGAUUAGACCGUUCACUCGCCAAGAACUGAAAAGGCUAUGGCUACUCUUCACUUCACUCUCCCCUCCACAACCGGCCGGCGGCAGCCACCGGAAUUCCGGUCCAUCUUCAAACCGGCUCGGUGUGCAGCUGAGAGACAGGCCCUCUUUGACCGAAUUGCCCCUGUCUAUGAUAACUUGAAUGAUUUGUUGAGUUUAGGGGGCCACAGGGUAUGGAAGAGGAUGGCCGUUUCUUGGACUGGAGCAAAAGAAGGAGACACUGUGUUGGAUGUGUGUUGUGGGAGUGGGGAUUUGGCCUUUCUGUUAUCUGAAAAAGUUGGAGUCAAAGGCAAGGUUUUUGCUAUUGAUUUCUCGAAGGAGCUAUUACAGGUUGCUGCAUCUCGACAGCUCAAGCGAUCAAAAGCGUGCUACAAAAAUAUCGAGUGGAUUGAAGGAGAUGCUGUCGAUUUACCCUUCUCUGACUUGUAUUUUGAUGCUGCUACCAUUGGAUAUGGGUUGAGAAAUGUGGUAAAUAGGAAAAAAGCUCUAGAGGAAAUGAGUCGUGUACUAAAACCCGGUUCGAAACUAUCUGUUCUUGAUUUCAACAGAAGCACUAACCCGUUAACGAGCUCCGUUCAGGAUUGGAUGAUUGACUAUGUAGUGGUGCCCGUGGCCAGUGGAUAUGGCCUUGCAAGAGAUGAGUUGGAGAAGGUAGCUUUAGAAGCGGGCUUUUCCCGGGCCAGGCAUUACGAGAUUGGUGGAGGGUUAAUGGGUAAUUUGGUGGCCACUCUCUAAGAAUGUUCUUAUUGUUCUUUUAAUAAUGUUUUUAAUGAGUCUUAAGUGAGAUAUGUGUGUUCUGAAAUAUAGUUUAGCUUUUUUGUAGUAUUUAGAGUGCUUACACUCUGUUUCACGAUAUGACGAGAAAUAAAAUUUUCAAGAUAUGUUCUGAUCGAAGUUCUUGAGUUUUUGCACAUGGAAUUUCGUCUAGAAGUGGAGUUUAUUGUGAUGUCG